CGAGAAGAUGGCGGCGACGGCGACUAUCCCAUCUUCAACUACGGCCUCGGCCACGGCGGCGGUCACCGCAGCCGCUCUCGGGGAGGUGGAAGAUGAAGGGCUCCUGGCGUCGCUGUUCCGGGACCGCUUCCCGGAGGCCCAGUGGCGGGAGCGGCCCGAUGUGGGCCGCUACCUCCGGGAGCUGAGUGGCUCGGGGCUGGAGCGGUUGCGGCGCGAGCCCGAGCGCCUGGCGGAGGAGCGGGUGCAGCUGCUGCAGCAGACGCGCGACUUGGCCUUCGCCAACUACAAGACCUUCAUCCGUGGCGCCGAGUGCACCGAGCGCAUCCACCGCCUCUUUGGCGACGUGGAGGCUUCUCUCGGCCGCCUGCUCGACCGCUUGCCCAGCUUCCAGCAGAGCUGCAGGCACUUUGUGAAAGAGGCUGAGGAGAUCAGCUCCAACCGCCGAAUGAACACCCUGACGUUAAACCGGCACACAGAAAUCCUGGAAAUCCUGGAGAUUCCUCAGCUCAUGGACACCUGUGUCCGGAACAACUAUUAUGAAGAGGCCCUAGAGCUUGCAGCCUAUGUACGCAGACUGGAAAGGAAAUACUCCUCCAUCCCUGUCAUCCAGGGCAUUGUAAGUGAGGUGCGCCAGGCCAUGCAGCUGAUGCUGAGCCAGCUCAUCCAGCAACUGAGGACCCACAUCCAGCUCCCUGCCUGCCUCCGUGUCAUUGGCUUCUUGCGGCGUAUGGAUGUCUUCACUGAGGCCGAGCUCAGGGUAAAGUUUCUUCAGGCCCGAGAUGCUUGGCUCCGUUCCAUCCUGACUGCCAUUCCCAAUGAUGAUCCCUAUUUCCACAUCACAAAAACCAUUGAGGCUUGCCGUGUCCAUCUGUUCGAUAUCAUCACCCAGUACCGUGCCAUCUUCUCAGAUGAGGACCCGUUGCUGCCCCCUGCCAUGGGGGAGCACACUGUGAACGAGGGUGCCAUCUUCCAUGGCUGGGUGCUGCAGAAAGUCUCGCAGUUCCUGCAGGUGCUGGAGACCGACCUUCACCGGGGCACAGGGGGCCGCCUGGACUCUCUGCUGGGCCAGUGCAUGUACUUUGGGCUCUCCUUCAGCCGGGUGGGGGCUGAUUUCCGGGGCCAGUUGGCUCCUGUUUUCCAGCAAGUGGCCAUCAGCACUUUCCAGAAAGCAAUUCAGGAAGGAGUGGAGAAGUUCCAGGAUGAAAUGAACUCCUAUACCCUCAUCUCGGCUCCAGCCAUCCUGGGCAGCAGUAACUUGCCUUCUGCUAUGCCAGUCACUCAGCCUGGGACCCUACAGCCACCCAUGGUGCUCUUGGACUUCCCACCCCUUGCCUGCUUCCUCAACAAUAUUCUGGUCGCCUUCAAUGAUCUGCGUCUCUGUUGCCCUGUGGCCCUGGCACAGGAUGUGACAGGGACCCUGGAGGAUGCCCUUGCCAAGGUAACCAAAAUAAUCCUGGCCUUCCAUCGUGCUGAAGAGGCUGCCUUUAGCAGUGGGGAGCAAGAGCUCUUUGUCCAGUUCUGCACUGUCUUCCUGGAAGACCUUGUUCCUUAUUUAAAUCGCUGUCUCCAAGUCCUUUUUCCUCCAGCUCAGAUAGCACAGACCUUAGGCAUUCCACCCACUCAGCUCUCCAAAUACGGAAACCUUGGGCAUGUGAACAUCGGCGGCGUCCAGGGGCCUCUCGCCUUUCUCCUGCCGAACAGAGAGGCCGUGUUCUGUCUAGAUGAAAAGGAGCAAGUGCCCGAGCUCACAGUUCCAGCACCAGAAGCCCCCGCCCAGGAGCCAAGGCUGGACCCUAGAGGAGAGCAUGUGGUGUGGCAGGCGAGUGGAUGGGCAGCCCGCAUCAUCCAGCAUGAGAUGGACCACUUGCAGGGUUGCCUGUUCAUCGACAAAAUGGACAGCAAGACAUUUACAAAUGUCCACUGGAUGGAAGUGAAUGAUUAAACCUUUUCUGCUGCAUCUGAAGAUUCUGAAAACCAAAACACAAACCCUGGCUUUGGGCUGAGCAUGUCUCACUUGGCAUCAACUUGGCCUUGGCCCGGCUCUGACAGAAAACAGCGGACUGCCGAACCAUGCUGGAGGAUGUUAAAAAUAUUUGCCCUGAAAUCAGCUGUGGACAAAAUACUGCCUUUGAAAAUUAACUCCCCUAAAGGCAUGGACAUUGCCUGAUGAUUUUGUAUGGAAGUAAGUGGGGCAAGUAAAUAACCACUCUAAGUAGACAUGAUUUCAUGAGACCAUGUAAUCUAUUCCAAAGCGAAGAUAUGAUAAUGGUGUAGUCCCCAAAUAUCUGAAAGCUGUGUUUAAAAAUGCUGGCUAAAGCUAAGGUUGA